UCAUACAGGGGAGAUGCCUUUCUCAUGUGAGACUUGUGGAAAAAGUUUCAGAGUCAAAAAUCUUCUUCGUCACAUGAGGAUUCAUACAGUCAGUGUCACUGAAGCUGUGCAUCUGGAAGGAGCUCUGAGUUAAUCUGGACUCCAGGAGAUGGAAACAUUUCUGAGCAGGAUCAGAUGCUGUGGAUGUUCGUCAAAGUCCUGCUGCCUCUCCUCCUCCUCUUCCUCUGUCAGGAUGAAGAUGAUCUCCCUGCUGCUCCUCAUCCUCAGCUCAUGUCUCUGUGCAGCAACAUUUGUAGUGAAUGUGACCCAGAGCAGCUAUGAGGCAGAGGAGAACCACAGCAUCACUCUGGAGUGGACCUUCACCACCAGGACUAACUCCUCUCCUGCCUCCCUGUUCAUCUACUGUAAACUAAGACAGAAUCAGACGGAUUUUGUCAUCUAUCAUGUAUUUAUGGGGGUGGAAGCUUCUUUAUACCUGGACAAAAGAUUUACAGGACGAGUCCAGAGUGACAAAGACGUCCUCAGAGAAGGACGAAUCAGACUCCAUGUGUCCAGACUGAGGACUGAAGACUCUGGUCUGUAUCUGUGCCAAGUCAACACAGAUUAUGGAUGGGGCUCUGCCAGCCUUCAACUGAACAUUAAAAAAGCUCCAGCUGUUGGACCCACAGUGAGAACCAAACCAGAGAGGAAAGGAACCUCUGCCUACCUGGGACUGAUAUCUAUUCCUGUCGUCAUAUCUGUUCUGAUCUUUGGUUUUAUUUUAUUUAUCAGAAAGAAGAGACAAAAAAAAUAUUUUGAGGAUACAAAACGUCAGAUUCACAAACCUUAAUUCUGUGUCACAUCAGUUUUAAUUUGACUGAACCAACAAAACUUUCAGUCCAAGAUUCAUCAGGAUUUGCUGAAACAGACGGAUGUUUUUACAAUGAUGGCAAAUAUUUAUUUCACAUGUAGCUACAUGUUUAGAACAACCAUGUAGUGUUAGAAUGUGUUUUAAUAAAUUUUGGUGAAAUGGUCUUUGUUUAAUUUAACUUGAGCAGAAACACCAGUUUGUAACCUGAGAGCCAAACUUUCGUGUUGCUGAUGUAAACUCGGCUCCUUCCUGGUCACGAGUGAAUCUGAUGCAACAAAUGCAGAUAAUCACCUCAUUAGGGGACUUUCCUCAGUCACUGCCUGUCCGUCUCUCCUGCUGAAAACAUUAAUAAUCACAGUGAGGAGGAUCGGAUCACCACUCCACUACAAAGUCAGACCUCAGAGCGAUGAAUCCAGAGAAAGAGCCUCAGUCAAACCCGUUUUUCCGGUUCGGAUCACGUUACGACGAGCUCUUGGAUCCCGGCUACGGCUGACAAACAAACAAACCAACUGGUUCCUGGAAAAACUGCAGAAACGUCUCUUUGGUUUUUGUUCUUCUGACCCUGAGAAAAUGAGUUUUUUCCUCCUCCUUCUUCCGCUGACCUGCACUGUACAGGGAACAUUUGCAGGUGAAUCUCCUCCACCUGUUCACGAAACAGAAGAAGACGACAACUUCACGCUCGGCUGGGACAGCCUGACCCAGACCAACACGACCCUCACCAAGCUGAUCUGCUUUCUCCUGCUGAGUCCUCCUAAAGUCCUGUAUCGAGGGAUAAACGGAGCCGAGGUCCCAGAGUCUCAGGAUGGACAGUUUUCAGGACGGGUUCAGAGUGACGGGAGAGAAGGACGACUCAGACUCCACCUGUCCAGACUGAGGGCUGAAGACUCUGGACGUUACCGCUGUGACCUGGCUGCUUAUGACCAGGUGUGGAGGAAAUGGGAGCUGCAGGCUUCAGUAACGUUUGUCCUGAACGUGACCAAAACCUCUCGUGGAGACACGUCUGGGUCUCUGAACACACCGAAGCCUCGCCUCGGAGCUACUCCAGAUAAACAGCUUGAAAUAGCUGCAGUCAUUAUUGGCACAGUGCUACUUGUCCUUGCCCCUGUAAUUCUGGCUUGUAUAUUUUUUGGAAGACGAUGCUCAGGUCCAAUCGGAAAUAUGGAUCAAUUAGAGGACAUAGAAAUAAACGGGGAUGAUUUUGAAGAGAUGAACCUUAUGAUCAACCACUGAGCUGAUCAUCUUCCAUCCACAUCCAGAUGCUCAUCUUUUCAUCUGAUUUUUGGCUCCAGAGACUCUUCUAACAAAUUACCAUCAGUUUAUAGACUAGAAACUGUCUAAGUGUAUUUAUUAACCCCAAAAACAUCCUGACAAUUUCCUCCUUCCCUGAUCCCUGAUCUACUUUGUUGUCAUUUCUGACAUAUACAGUAUAUAUAUCUAUCUAUCUAUAUAUAUAUAUAUAUAUAUAUAUAUAUAUAUAUAUUUUAUUUUUUUUUAUUUAACAUGCAUCAGAAUUUUAGUGGGGCAGCUUGAGUAUACCAUGCAAAUCAAUAAUAAAAUAAAACAGGGUGUUAUGGCCAG